GGCCUUAACAAGCCGCAAAAGCAAGCGAUGAAACGAGUCCUGCUGUCAAAAGACUAUACACUUAUUGUUGGCAUGCCCGGCACAGGGAAAACUACAACCAUCUGUACUCUGGUAAGAAUCCUCUAUGCCUGUGGAUUUAGCGUGUUGCUGACCAGUUACACUCACUCUGCAGUAGAUAAUAUUCUGCUGAAGCUGAAAAAAUUCCAGGUAGGGUUUCUGCGCUUGGGACGAACCCAGAAGAUACAUCCAGAGAUUCAGAAGUACGGAGAAGAAGAAAUCCUCAAAGCCAAGUCGGUUAAGAUGUUAAGUGGGUUAGAAGAGCUCUAUAAUAGCCAGCCUGUUGUAGGAACAACAUGCAUGGGAGUCAACCAUCCAAUCUUCACUCGGAGGAGGUUUGAUUUCUGUAUUGUGGAUGAAGCGUCUCAGAUUAGUCAGCCAAUCUGCCUUGGCCCUUUGUUCUUCGCUGACAGAUUUGUUUUAGUAGGGGAUCAUCAGCAACUUCCUCCUCUUGUUCAAAGUACAGAAGCCAGAGAGCUAGGAAUGAGUGAAAGCUUGUUCAAAAGAUUGGAGAGGAACCAAGAUGCAGUUGUCAACCUGACUGUGCAGUAUCGCAUGAAUAGCAAGAUAAUGUCCCUGAGCAAUAAGUUGGUAUACGAAGGACGUCUGGAGUGUGCUUCUGAACGGGUGUCCUCAGCCACGGUCCAGCUACCUCAGCUGAAGUCUUUAAAGUUGGAGCUGGAAUUAAGGGAGACACCUGAAAGUGCCUGGAUCAAAGAUGUCCUGGAACCCAGUAACCCUGUAUUCUUCCUGAAUACAGAGAACAUUCCAGCUCCGGAGACAGAAGAGAAAUGUGGUGUCAGUAACUGGAUUGAAGCCAAGCUGGUGGCCUACCUAGCAUUUCUUUUUGGAAAGGCUGGCUGUAAGCCAUCAGACAUUGGGAUUAUCGCUCCCUAUCGGCAGCAGUUAAAAGUCAUCUCCACUUCUUUUGCGAAGCUGUCCUCCAGCACUGUAGAGGUUAACACUGUAGACAAAUACCAGGGGAGAGAUAAAAGCGUGAUCAUUGUUUCAUUUGUGAGAAGCAAUACCAAUGGAAAGCUUGGUGAUCUUCUGAAGGACUGGAGGAGGCUGAAUGUGGCCCUCACACGGGCCAAGCACAAACUGAUCUUGUUGGGCUGCGUUCCAACUCUUUCUCGCUUUGACUCGCUACAGCAACUAAUCAGCUAUUUGAAGAGUGACAAUUUAAUUCUUAAUCUCCCUCCAGCAGCUCACGAGCAUCUCCACGGCUGA